AUGGACCGCACGUGUAAGGAGAGGUCUUCGGAGGAUGGGAUCGACGAGGAGGACCCGGACUCCACGGAAGCCGAGAUCCGCAUCCGGGACACUCCGGAAGACAUCGUGCUGGAAGCGCCAGCCAGUGGGCUGGCGUUCCAUCCCACUCGCGACCUCCUGGCGGCGGGGGACGUGGAUGGGGACGUAUUCGUCUUUUCCUACUCCUGCCAAGAGGGAGAAACGAAGGAGCUCUGGUCUUCAGGUCACCACCUCAAAUCCUGUCGAGCCGUGGUCUUCUCUGAAGAUGGGCAGAAACUUGUUACUGUCUCCAAGGACAAAGCCAUCCAUGUUCUAGAUGUGGAGCAGGGCCGACUGGAAAGACGCAUUUCCAAGGCUCACAGUGCCCCCAUCAACAGUCUCCUACUGGUAGAUGAGCAUGUCCUGGCCACUGGGGAUGACACAGGUGGUAUCCGGCUCUGGGACCAGCGGAAGGAGGGCCCCUUAAUGGAUAUGCGGCAGCAUGAGGAGUAUAUUGCCGACAUGGCUCUGGAUCCAGCCAAGAAGCUGCUGCUGACAGCCAGUGGUGAUGGCUGCCUUGGUGUCUUCAACAUCAGGCGACGCCGGUUUGAACUGCUCUCAGAGCCUCAGUCUGGAGACCUGACCUCAGUCACUCUCAUGAAAUAUGGGAAGAAGGUGGCCUGUGGCUCCAGUGAAGGUACUAUAUAUCUCUUCAACUGGAAUGGCUUUGGGGCCACAAGUGAUCGGUUUGCCCUAAGAGCUGAGUCUAUUGACUGCAUGGUUCCCGUCACUGAGAGCCUGCUGUGCACUGGUUCCACCGAUGGGAUCAUCAGGGCUGUCAAUAUCCUUCCGAACCGAGUGGUGGGCACUGUGGGCCAGCAUGCUGGAGAGCCUGUGGAGAAGCUGGCCCUCUCCCACUGUGGCUGCUUCCUGGCCAGCAGUGGCCAUGACCAGCGACUUAAGUUCUGGAACAUGGCCCAGCUGCGGACUGUGGUAGUGGAUGACUACCGCCAGAGGAAGAAAAAGGGAGGGCCACUGCGGGCCCUAAGCAGCAAGGCUUGGAGCACAGAUGACUUCUUUGCAGGACUGAGGGAGGAAGAAGACUCCACAGCUCAGAAGGAAGGGGAGGAGACUGAGGAUGAAAGUGACUGAGGGGAUGAGCUGAAUCUCAAAAUGGGUCCUCAUUGGGGAAGUCUUGCUUCCUGGCCUGGAUACCAGAGGGGCUAUUUAUAAUACUUUUUUUUUUUUUUAAACAUUUGUUUUUGACAGGGAGAAACAGAGUGUGAGUGGG